AUGUCUGUGUGGCCUACUGCUUUUCCCGUUUCGCAAGAUACCUCAAUAACAUCGUUUCAACAAAAUGAUGUGGUUGUCCCAAAUUUUGACUUUGCACAGGAGGUACAUAACAAAGACUCAAUGUAUUCACGUUUAGCAGCAGGUUUCCUUUGUUCUGGCGACGGCAACAAUCUUCCAAUAUCAAUUAGCGAUCCAAAUUUGGAUCAUUACUCUUUCCUGAUUUAUUUCCUUAUGGCUCAUCAAAUUCACGCAUGUAAUCCCGCUAAAUGCGGCGGACUCCAUUGGCUGGAGAAUAAUGCCGAAAAGGAUUUCCUAGAAAAAUUUUCCCAAUUAUUAGUGUAUAGAUCUAUAAACCACAUGACCAUG